GAGCAUGAUGCGCUGGCUGGCUGACACAACCUUCGCUCCAUGGGCUUUGGAAGGGGCUGGCUCUGGAGGGUUGGGCUCCUAGCCUGAGGGAGAGGAGGAAAGGGAGAGGCGCUUUGCCCAGGAGAGGAAGAUGCUGCUGUUGUGGCUUGUGGCGGCCCUCCUGGCUCUCUCGCAAUGUGCACAGGCAGAAACAUACACGUCCAUGCUGAGCAUCCAGGAGGCGCUGGCAACUGAGAGAGAGCUCCUUCGCGUCUUGCACACCUACCUCGAAGAGGAGGCCAACAGGCUCAAGGACCUCAGGAGGCGGGAGAAGACAUACACGCGUAUUUCCAGGUGUUUGAGCAGGUUUGCCGAGACCAGGAUUUGGAACAGCGCUACUGGAUGCAUGUUCUCCACGCUCAAGAGAAUGGAGAGCUACAGGAACGAGCAUUUUACCCCAGGAACACGCAGACUACCCGGAUUUCCUGAAAUUGGUGGGACUGAUCCUUCCCUUGCUCAGACACGAUUCUGUUGCGCUCCGGGGAAGCCUCUGCUCGAAAAGAUGGCCAGGGUUCAGCUUGGCUCUGGGAAGGUGGCUCUUUUCAGCCAGAAGAAACGUGGGGGCCUCACCUACCGCAUCCCAGCUCUGCUGUACCUGCCCUCCGAGUCCACUUUCCUGGCAUUUGCAGAGGAGCGCUCAUCGCCCAGAGACGAAGAUGCGAAGUUCCUGGUGAUGAGGCGAGGGCAGAAGGAAGGGACGUCUGUCCAGUGGGGUCCUCAGGAAACCCUAAUGAUGGCGACUUCCGGGAAGGGUGACUUAGCCUGUGCCUGCUUUUGAGACGGGCUCCUGCCUCAAAAGAAGCUUAUUCAGAUAUAUCAGUCAGAUUUUUUUUUUUUUGACUGAUUAAACUUCUCCCGGGUAGGGAGAA